AUGUCGCAGCUUCUAUUUCCAAGCAAAUUUCCUAGGAAGAAUUGGUCAGCCAGCAGACACAUGCCCAGAGAGGUGGUGGAAUCUAGAACACAUGCAAUAGAAAAGAAAGGCCAAGUCUUAGAGAAUACCAUAAGAGUAACAGCCCAAGGCAUAAAUGAUGUGCUUGAAAGGGGUUUUACAGAUGCAGCUCAAGAAGUUCAAUGUUUAGAGAAAACAGUUCGAGACGAAUCAGACAACAUCAAAGAUCAGCUGGUAAAAGUGAAUCGAUCCUUAGAGAGGCUGAGCUCCUCUCAUCACGGCUUUCAAACAUCGCUAACAUCGCUAGCAUCGCGAACAUCGCGAACAUCGCUACCAUCGCGAACAUCGCGAACAUCGCUACCAUCGCGAACAGCGCGAGCAUCGCUACCAUCGCGAACAUCGCGAGCAUCGCUACCAUCGCGAACAUCGCUACCAUCGCGAACAUCGCGAACAUCGCAAGCAUCGCAAGCACCUGUGGAGGUUGACUUCACUGUUCCCAGCUUCGGUUUAAGACCUGUACUAUACCGUGCUCGGUCCUCCCCUUCAACCACUGAUUUCCUCAGGAACAUUUUCGUGAAGACGGACAGUGGAAAGACCGUGAUUACAAUAGUGAUGGUACCGGGACACACUGUCCAAGCUUUGAAGAGAGAAAUAAGGGACGAAACAAGAAUACCGACCAACCAGCAACAUAUUACUUUUGAUGGCAACAAACUAGAAGAUGACCGCACUCUUCACAGCUACGGUAUAAGAGAUAGGUCAGUAUUAUACAUGCGUCCUUACCGCGAGGCUCGUUGUUGCAAGAAGUGCGUAGUAAGUUGAUUGAAAUACACUUACAACCCUCACUUUGUCAAAAAAUUGACUAGGGGUUGCGUUUCUUUGGGAUAAAUCCAAGAUUGUAUUCUAAAAUCCAUUAUUUGACAAUAACUGCAGAAAAUCUCUCGCACUCAUUGGCUAAUUUUCAUUUUCCG